CCAAGCUGCGCAGUUUGUUCACAUACUUUUUAUGUUGUGGUUGAAGUUUUGUCUGCAUUUCCUGUCUGCUAAAAUAAAUCGGAGCUUAUUGUUGAAUGUUUGCUGUCAAAUCAGCAGGCAGAAUUGUGUAUAUAUGUAGAAAUCUGCAGCUGCAGUAAACCACUAGUCAUCAUGUUUGUUUGUUUGUUUGUUUGUUUGUUUGUUUGUUUGUUUGUUGCAUGUUUUAUGCAUAUUAACUUUUUGGGUGUGUGUUUCAGAUUUGCAAUGAUAUGAACUUUAUUUUGUCGUCAAAACUUUUUAAAUAUGGUUAGAGAGUAAACAUGGAGUCCUGGCGCCCUCCCCUGGAAUAAAUAUAAUUAUAUAAACAAUAGACAAGAGCACUGAACCUUCUGCACCACUGCAUAUCCUCCUGGCAUGUUUGCAAGAGUUCAACAAGACUGUAGAUUGUAUGGCAGUGGUGGUUCAGUGUUUCAGGCUCUGGAUUACUGGUUAUUCAAGCUCCACCACCCCCCAACUGCUGCCACUGUUGGGCCCUAGAGCAAGGCACUUAACCCUCUCUUCUCCAGGGUCAUGUACCAUGACUGAUGCUCUGACCCCAGCUUCCUGACAAGAGAUAUGCAAAAAUUAGGGAGGUGGUAGCUUAGCUUAAGGGUUGCUGUUUAGAAAGUGGGGUUUUAAGCGCCUGUAUCGCCAAGCUGCCGCUCUUGGGCCCGUAACCCUCUGUGCUUCAGGUGCUGAAUAUAAUAUUACUGACCCCUGCACUUUGACCUCAGCUUAUUAACAUCGCUGGGCUAUACAAUGAAAGAAUUUCACUGUUCUGUAAUGUACAUGUGACAUGUAAAAAAAACCUUGCCUUUAAUUGUAUAAGAGUAUUACACAACUUGGCCAGUUGGCUACUGGCUUCAUGACUACAAACCUUCAAAUAAAUAAAAAAGUUUAUUUAUAAUAAUAAGGAAAUAUCACUUUAAAUACAUGUCUAGUAAUAUCUUUAAUUUAAUAACUGCUGUUACAAGAGAUGACUCGUUUUCAUUCACAUGGGACUUCUUUCCAUGUGAACGGUCCAAUGAAGAUCAUGGAAGACUCUGUGGACGUCAUCCUUCAGGAUAAAAAGUUACAUCCUGCUCGUGAAAAGCCAGUGGUCAUGGCUGCCUCGGGAGCCAUGCUUAUGGCCUCUUACGCACUUUGGACAGUUUUUGCACUGCCUGGAUUCCGAAAAGUGCCAACAUGCCUUAAGGUGCCGUACUUGCCCUCAAGUGGGGUGCAGACGCAGAACGUUCUAAAGCUCCUGCAAGGCAGAGGAGGCUGUCUGGCAGAUCUGGGUUCUGGAGAUGGAAGACUGGUGUUUGCUGCCAGUUCAUUGGGCUUCCAAUGUACUGGAUUUGAAAUAAACUCCAUUUUGAUUGGUUAUGCCAGAGCCAGAGCAAGAUGGAGGAAAAUUCCAACUACGACAGCAAGAUUUGUAAAUGAGGACUUCUGGAAGACUGAUUUGUCCCGAUAUAAGACCUUGACAGUUUUCUUGGCGCCUGGAGUGAUGGAAGUUCUAGGCAGGAAGCUGGAGCAGGAGUUGGCUCAUGAUGCCAGAGUGAUUGCCUGUCGAUUCCCGUUUCCUCACUGGCAUGCUUCAGCAUCAGAGGGACAAGGAAUUGACCAGGCUUGGGCCUACGACAUGGCAACAGUCCGCAAACUCCUGGAAUGAACAGAGAAAUCAUUGCAAGCCUUUUUCUUUACUGCCAAAUGGAUAUUUAUAAACUUUCAGGCAAUGACCUAAACAUAGUCUUUCUGAUUAAGUGAAAGUGACAAUAUUGGAGGUUGUAUAACCUGUCAGUGUUUUUUGUUAAAUAUAUGUGGGUUUCUGUGGCAACCUGUCAGAUGGUGCUGAAUUAUGGAAAACAGAUUAAUCCUUUUUUCUGCCAGUAAUAUACUUUGAGAGCUCUACUUUAAAACAUGUUUACUGUAGAGCAGUAUAGUAAUUGCAGGCAUUCUGCCUUAAAAUGUUUAUGGAUUGAGAAUGAUCCUUGGUACCACUAAACAUUUUGACUCCCAUUAUAUAGAACCUAUUAUUUAGUACAGAAAGAUUUUUAAUGACAAAUCCGUCAUUAAAAAGUACUUUAGAUAAUAUUAUCUAAUGUAAUAAUAAUAUAAACUCAAAAAAUAAGCACUACAGCUUUGUACAUGAGGUUGGUUCGUGAUGUGGAUGUCAGUAACUAUUAGCAGCUGUGUUUAUAAGCUACUUAGAAAACCUAGCUAAUGCUCCAGAUGAAUAAUAUAGUUUUGAUUGUGAUAAUAUAUGAGAUUAUGACUUAUCUUUAUUUUACCUUUCUUAGAUUUUCUCUUCAGAAAUGAGGAUAUAUAUAAUUGUGUAACAUAAAUGGAUGCUCAAAAUUCCCUAAGGUAUAGUUCACUCUCUCUGUAGAUCUCUUAUAAUUGACUGAACAUGAGGACUACAUUUAUAAUUUCUCUUUUAUGAAAACAUGAAAUGCAGUAAAUAAUAAUGAACAUAAAUGGCUUGAGUUAAAAUGACAUUAGCAUCUUAAUAACAUUCAUCUAACAGAGCAGUGUAAUGAAUGAGAAACACACUUGAGAGUUUGUUAAUGCCUGAGAAGCUUGCAAAUGCACUUUGUCAUAUUCCUAAUAAUAAAGCUUGGGAACAUGGCGGAAACAUCUUUUGGGCUACGGCCCUUAACAUUAUGUCGAAUAUAUAUGUUUUAAUAAAAGAAAGUUUUCAAAACAA